CAUUAAUACUUACCUAAAUCAACAUAGCACCUUUUCUCAGUGGAUAUCUACUUUUCUACACCGAAUCUUUCGAUUUUUGCUUAUUUAUCUCGUGAAGGAUUGCGCGUAAGCUCAUUCCAUUCAACAUGCUCCUAGAAGAGCAAAGAUUCUUGCACGAGGACCUCGAGCGCCUCGAGCAAGGUAUCGCCGAUCGAAUUAGUGAUGAGCCCAAACACAUCAGAGAUCGCUUAGCGCGAGACCACCACAUAGCACAAUUUCUUGAUCGCAUAUCAUCACAAUCUUCCAAGCUACUAUCGAUAUAUCGCGACGGAGAUGGAUCUCGAUCACGCGAAAUUCAACAAAUUGGCAGUGGCGAUCCAAUGGAGGAGUUCUACAAACAGCUUACUGAAGUGAAAGCAUUCCAUUCCAAAUACCCCAACGAACCCGUCGAAAAUCUCGAGCGAGCCUACCGACCAAAGAAAGGCCCAGAUGCCGAUUCCCAACCCUCUAUUGUGGAUACUAUGUUUACUGGCGAAGAAGCCUACGGCCGUUUCUUCGAUCUUCAUACCUGCCAUGAGCUGUAUCUCAACCUUCCCAAUGCAAAGAGACUGAGCUACCUGCAAUAUCUGGAUUCAUUCGAUAACUUCGUGGCUGGUGCUGGUGGGCUGAAGAGGUCUGAGAAGCUGACGGAUCAAUACUUCAAAUACGUUGGCCAGCUUGCUCUGGAUCUUGAAACCUUCUUACGAAAGACAAGGCCGCUAGAAAAUGUCGACAAGGUUAUUGCCGACUUUGAUAAGGAGUUUGAUGCUGCGUGGGAGAAAGAUGACAUUGCGGACUGGAAGAAUGCGGAAUCCAGUGUGAAGGCCAGUGGAACCGAACAACAGCCCUCUACAACUGAAGCAGUAUGGUGCAGUGACUGCGAAAAGGAAUUCAAAAACCAGAAUGUGUACAAAGGCCAUCUUUCUGGCAAGAAGCACGUGAGAGCAGCCGCGGAACGGGCGCAACGAGCAUCUGGGGAGGCUGGCGACGCGACAGGCGACGCGAAUAAUGGUGGAGCUCCUACGUAUCGAUUGAAGGAGCGUGCUAUUGCGGAGAGAGAAUUCCGCGUGAAGCGUCUUGCCAGUGCCAUGAGUACCGAACGAAGCGAUACCCGUGUCAACGUCGAGCGAAAACAAGGUAUGACGGAACGCGAGAGACAACAAGAAUUAGAAAACCUCUUUAGCACCACUACUACCAUGAUGCAAACCAAGGAGGCUGAGGAGGGCGAAGAGGGAGACGACGAAGAUAGAAUCUACAACCCGUUGAAGUUACCACUUGCCUGGGACGGUAAGCCCAUCCCAUUUUGGCUGUACAAGCUACACGGACUUGGCGUCGAAUUCCCCUGCGAGAUUUGUGGCAACUUUGUAUACAUGGGACGAAGGGCCUUCGACAAGCAUUUCAACGAGGCAAGACAUAUAUAUGGCCUAAAGUGUUUAGGAGUCACGAAUACUAGUCUCUUCCGAGAUAUCACGGCAAUUGACCAGGCGUUGAGGUUAUGGGAGAAGAUACAAAAAGAUAAACGCAAAGACAAGGUGGAUGAUGGGAGUGUGGUGCAGAUGGAGGAUGCCGAAGGCAACGUGAUGCCGGAGAAGGUCUAUUAUGACUUGCAGAAGCAGGGUCUAUUGUAAAAUUACGGGUGGUGUACUUCUAAUAUCCAAGAGGCUCUAAAGGUUAGAUCGCUUCAAGUUCGUAAAUCAUCGGUGGCAUAAACAGCAUGGAGAAUAAAUAAGAAAUCGUGGACAUAUCACUUUAAGGGGUUCAUUCUAGUAGCCACAUAUCUUAGGUACCUAGUACCUAUCUACCUGGGUAUGGAUAUGUAACUAAUAUCAUCAAUUGAUUGAGUGAGGCCUAGAAAUUAG